ACUACCUUAAGUGAUGGUCAGCAAGACGGCCACUGGUAAAAUUCAAAACUUUAGAAACAUAUAAUUUCCAGCUUCGUAGUGAGAGUCAUGUACGGGGACGGGAAUACGACCGACGUUCUUCAGGAGCAAGAAACAGCGACGGAAACGGAUGAGAGACGAGGUAUCCACGCCCUACUCCUACCGCUGCUCCUAGUGGCCCUCAUCAUCACGACCAAUGGUCUCAGCCUGGCAGCAUUCGCUGUCGAGAAACGACUCCGUGGCUACAACAACUACUUCAUCAUAAACCUUGCAAUCUCGGAUUUUCUCUUCGGGAUCGUCCUGAUUAUCCCCUGCAUACACACUUAUCUUGGUCAUUUUCCACUCCCCGGUGAUGACUGGUGCAGCGUUUUUAACGGCGUCAACAGCAGUGUCGAAUUCGUAUCUAUUCUGAUCAUCGUCACCAUCUGCAUCGAUAGACACCGAGCGACCUACAAUCCCAUCGGGCAUUUCACCACAAGGAGCAAGCGAAAGGCGAUCUACGCUAACAUCGCCGUGUGGGUUGCUUCGCUCCUUUUUUGGUUCUCGUUCUCGACAAUUCCUGAGUUCAUUCUUGGGUACACCAGUAGUUCAGCUUGUUUACCAUGGUAUGCGAAAAACCCGACCAUUCAUUUUGUGACGAUCUGCAUGCGGUUCACCGUGCCUUUCACCAUCAUCCUAGUCCUCUACAUACGGAUCUUCGUCAAGAUUCAGCAGACGGCGGGUCGGAAGCACAUCCACAAGGAGUUUGUUGCCAGCAUCAGCCAGUCAGGACAGGGGAAAUCGGAGCAGGAAGGCGAGGAGGAUGGAAAUGACAUGGAACAGCGCCCUCAAGUUACCAAGGAGAAAGGAGGUCAGAAAGUUGCCAAGCGAGAAUCGGCCUCUGAAGUUCGCAGCGCCACCAAAACGCUUCUCUUCGUCGCCAUAGCUUUCUUCAUCACGUGGUCACCAAUGUCCAUCGUCACGAUAGCCUACUCGAUCGACCCGGCUUUAUUCAAUCCGCGGCUCCCGGACUGGUUACACCUGGUACCGUUGUGGCUGGUCUACGUGAAUGGUCUACUCAAUCCGCUUUGCUACGUUGUCUCGCAGCCGCUCUUUCGAAAAACCGUAUUUGGUUUGAUUUCCCACCCUAUCCGCUAUUGUCGUGGUUAACGUAAUCAUGGAUAAAUAUUUGAUUGAUUGAUUGACCGAUUUAUGGAUGGAUGGAUUGAUUGAUUGAAUUUAUUUGGCAAGUCCCCACAACAUAUAUACAGUAGCAUAAAUAAACAACAGGCUUGCACCGGAUGUUCCACAAAGCUCGAAAACUUAUUUCCAAUGGGGUCAUCUCAAGUAAAAGAUAUUCUUUCAAUUUUCUCUAAAAAUUGAAAAAGUCUCCUGUUUUCUUUAACAGAUUUAGGUCAUUGGGGAAGAGAAUUGCAAUGUUUUAUAGCAUUGUAAUAAAAGGAGUUACCAAUACUACCUGCUUUUGGGUAAGCAGAAGUUGAAAUGGCUGUUUCUUGUAUUAUAGUUAUGUAAUUCGGUAACUAGUUUAAAGUUUGAUCCAAUAGAAUGAUUCGAUCUAUUGUGAUAGAUUUUAUGCAUGUAGUGCAGAACAAGCUGUUUUGAUCUUUUGUUGACUUCAACAAAAAAAUCUGCUCCAGAGAGUUCGGUGUAGUCAACUAGGGUUCUGGGAACAGAACAGUUAAUGAAUCUAGCCUUUUUAUUCUGUAUAAUUUUCAACUUCUUUUGAUCGGAUUUGCCUUUGCCACUAAACCAAGCAGGGUUAGCAACACAGAAAAUAGUCUUGCUUUCUGAUCCAUACAACUUUGAUACCUGUACAUACAUUUCAGACGGGCAUUCGCCUUUUUACGAUUGAUUCUACUGAAGACAAACAUUUUUAUCCAGGGGGUGCUGAUGUAAAUUUGACGAGCAAAAAAAAAAGGAAAAGGAUUUCACUAUAAAAUGAAGGUCAUUUUGGUUCCGAGAAAUUUGACAAGCAAAAAACAAAAGGUUUCUAUACAAAAUGUAGGUCAUGUUGAAUACAUUUCUCCAUUUUGUCACACCUACAUCCAAUGGGUGCUGCCUAUAUGGAGAAUAACAUACGCACCCCCCCCCCCCCCCCCCCGCCGUUUCACAGGGCCAUGGGCAUACAACGUUCAAAAGACCAGCAGAGUUUCUAUUUUUUAUUCCCUGCUUUCUUUACUUUAAAUAUUUUUGAAUUAUAUUACAAAUACUUUGGUGGUAAUUUCAUUAGAUUACUGUCCGAACUCAUUUUGAGAUCGUUACCACAGCUGGUAGGCCUAUAUUUAAUUCCAAACUUAUACGUUUACUUAAGUUAAACCUAUGAGAUAAAAAAAUAAUGCCCAAUAGCCUACGCUAGCCAUGGCUUAGCCUAGCACUUUGUCUUCUCAUUAAUGACAAUUUGAUAAUUUUAAGAUAAGUUUAAGAAUUGGAUCUAGAUAUAGAUCCAAGCCUUAGGUAUAACGUUAGAAGGCUGGUAAUUCGAGGGUGCUGAUUCAUUCAUGGCAUGCAACAUGAACGACCACAAUUAAGUCUACGCGCAUGCGUACUCUUAUUCCGAAGACGCAAGUCAUAAAUAUUCAUAUUGGGGUCCGGAACUGUUGUGGGAAAAAUAAUUCCGCCCCCUGCUCUUUUACCGUUGCUUAUAUGUAUCAUUGUAUAAUUAUUCACAUUUUCAAUUUAUUCUUAGUGUUAUGUAUUAUACAACUUUACAUAGUCCCUUCAUGUUUUUCAGCACAAGAAAAUGAAUAGGAAUGUUACGAUAUCCGAAGAUUACAAGAUCUUUAUGUUUUAUCUUGUUUUAUCAUUGUUUGGGGCACGUCUUGCAAAGAGUUAAGCUCGAUCCGAUCAACCUGAACUGUAUGGAAAUCCAUCAAUGUCAUAAUUUUGUCUACAGGAAAAUUGCAAAGUGUCCUUUGUAAACAAACAGAAGCACACUGACUUUUCAUGAAAAACGAAGAAUGUGUGAAUAUACAUCCUAUCUAGCAUAGACUUUGAACAAACAUGCAUUUUAGAUGUUGAGGAGCUGGCCUUCAAUAGUUGUGGUUUAUCGGAUCAAUUGUAACCCUUUGUAAGACGGGUUAAUUACUUGUAAUCUGUGUAAUUCAGUUGUUUUCAUUUGCACUUUACUGUACACUUUUUUAUGUGUAUGCGUCAAGAGUCCGAGAAUGAUUUUGGUAUUUCAAAGCAUAGACUAGACUAAUACAAAUGAUUGAAUUGCAUGAAAUUGAAUUGGAUGUAAGAAAAUUGAAAUUCAGUUUUAAGUCCAUGCACAUAAUAAACUCAGACAUUUUCUCUUUCCUC